GGGGGGCGGGCGGGCGGUGGGGCUAACGGGCGGCGGUGUGUGUUCGGGACUCAGUUCCGUGUGAUUUUUUUAUUCCAUGUCGAGGACGAGUUGCGCUGUCAGUCGGUGUUCCGGGAACACACCCGCGCGGUCACUAUGAUUAAAGCCAUUCUGAUAUUUAACAACCACGGCAAGCCGCGGCUUUCCAAAUUCUACGAGCGUUAUAGUGAAGACACACAACAGCAAAUCAUCAGGGAAACAUUCCACUUGGUGUCAAAAAGAGACGAAAAUGUCUGUAAUUUUCUGGAAGGCGGCUUGUUAAUUGGAGGGGCUGAUAACAAACUUAUUUACCGACACUAUGCAACUUUGUAUUUUGUCUUCUGUGUGGAUUCUUCAGAAAGUGAGCUGGGGAUCCUGGACCUAAUUCAGGUGUUUGUGGAAACAUUAGACAAAUGCUUUGAGAACGUGUGUGAGCUGGAUUUAAUUUUCCACGUAGACAAGGUUCACAAUAUUUUGGCUGAGAUGGUGAUGGGAGGAAUGGUUUUAGAGACCAAUAUGAAUGAAAUAGUUACUCAGAUCGAUGCUCAGAAUAAACUGGAAAAAUCUGAGGCUGGUCUAGCAGGAGCUCCAGCCAGAGCUGUGUCAGCAGUAAAGAAUAUCAACCUUCCCGAAAUUCCUCGAAAUAUUAACAUCGGAGACAUCAGCAUAAAAGUGCCAAACCUGCCCUCAUUUAAAUAAAAUUCACGGCUUCCAGUUUGGAACUUUUUUUAUUCAAAAAAAGCUUACCACACCAAUUGUUUACCAAAUAGAUAAAAGGAAUCAAUUGAUAUUGUUUAAUUGCAAAAAAAAGUUUGAUGGGGAUAAUUUACUCUGAUGUAUUUUGCAGCAAAGCCUCCCUUCUCCCCUCCCCCCCACACCCCCACCCCACAGACAUAGAAAAAGAUGGAUUAUUUUGUGUUUAAUUUAUGUUUAAAUUCAACGUGUUUCCUGUACAAUUUUCCAUUUACAUUCCGGUACCUUUUGUGAGGGGACUAUUGUCCACUUGCUACUAUUUAAGUGAAUUAUUUAAGACAAAACAGUAACUUUGUACAAUCUGUGCUCUGAAACUAUUCUUUGUAUAUCUGAUUAUACCUUAUAAACAGUAAAAAGAGAUCACUAACUAUUUUUGGGGGUAUUUUGUAUUUAUUUAGAUGUCUGUUGAAUAGUGGAGCCACCAUAAGCUUGUAGGAUGAUUUUUGCUGUUGCAGUAUUAUGACAACUAAAACAAAUGUUUUAACAGAACUUCAUGAAGAACGUCGUCAGCUUUUCCAUUCCAGCAUUCCUUUCUCGUUUCAUCCCCCUCGUUUACCAAGUAUUUAGCAUUAUCUGACCAACUUUGCACUUUGUAGUCAUUUAUAAUGUUUUGUAGCCUGGAUUUCUAACAUAUAACAUGGUAGAAACCAAUUUGGAUCAUCUCACUCACAAAUCGCUGCAGUGUUUGGAUUCACCAUAAAGAGCUAUCUUUUGGACUUUUUAAGUUGUCUGGGAUGAAAAGGACAAAUUGUAGUUUGUUCUAUCGCUGCCAAUUGUAUGACAAACCACUACAUGCUGCAUAAAAAGAAAACCUGCUAGAAAUGCAGAACAAGGCAUUCAUCUUGUGAAAGUCCAAGCUUCUGGUGGGAGGGAUCCUUCAUUAUGUUUAUUUUUAGCAUUUGGUUUAUGAUUUUUUAACGUAAUUUGAGUUUUACAAUAGAAACUGUAGUCCACUAAGCACAAUAUGUUUUGCUCUAUGCAUUACUUAUGCAACAACUAAAAUACAAUUAUGAUACAUGCACUGGUAAAAUUGUAACAUGUGUAUGAUUGGAAAAAUACUUGAAAUUGGCUUCUAAAUUUUGAGGUGUGAUGUAAAACCGUUUCUGGGGGUAGGGAAAUGGGAAGAAUUCACUUGAUGCAUUGCAGAUUCAGCUGAAAUGAAAUUCAAAUAUGUGAGGAAUGUUUACAUAGAUUAAAGAUGCGGGUUAUCUUUGUGGUGGUCAAUUAUCGUAACUAGUUCAUAAGUCAUCACACUUGCUAGCUAAACGGAAAUUCCUUUUACUUCUAUUGGACUAUGUACCAAGUAGUGGAGACAUUUGUAUCUUACAGCAAAAUGAAUGGCUUGUACCUGUAUUACCCUUUUACCAGAUCAAUAAAGUUUACUUUUGUCUUGA